AUGAGUUUCCUAUUGAUCAUCUGUGCCAUCCUUGUUUCGUGGUCUUUGAAUUUCUCACCUGCUGCAUUUCAGUCUCACUUCACUUAUGGAAACGAAACUGAUCGUUUAGCUUUAUUUUGGUUCAAAAGUGAGAUUACAUAUUACCAAGAGGGAGCACUAGUCUCGUGGAAGAAUCAUUCUGAUCAUUGUACUUGGUCAGGAAUUAAAUGUAAUCGUGAGCAUCCAAGAAGGGUUACCGUCUUGGAGCUAAGUCAUCUACAUCUGGGUGACUAUAUACCUACGGUUAUAGGAAAUCUUACAUUCUUAAUGACUCUUCGCCUGAGUUACAACAACUUCUGUGGUGAAAUUCCGCAAGAAAUUGGCCGUUUAUUCCGGCUUCAGUUUCUAGAUUUAUCAUACAAUCAGUUAUCUGGUGAAAUUCCGCAAGAAAUUGGUCAUUUAUUCAGGCUUCAGUCUUUACAUUUGUCAUACAAUUAUUUAUCUGGUGAAAUACCAAGUUCUUUGAAGAACUGUGUUGAUUUAAAACGCCUUUAUUUAACUAACAACGAUCUUAAUGGGAAAAUUCCUCCAUCCUUACAGAGUUUGAAGGGAAUUCAAGAGUUAAUACUUGAAAGAAAUGGGUUAUCUGGUCCAGUACCAGAGUACCUCGAGUCAUUUCAUUUCCUAAAGAAAUUGGAUUUGUCAUACAAUCAGUUAUCUGGUGAAAUUCCCGAAGAAAUUGGCCGUUUAUUCGAGCUUCAGUUUUUAGAUUUAUCAGACAAUCAGUUAUCUGGUGAAAUUCCAAGCUCUUUGAAGAACUGUCUUGAUUUAAAAGGACUUUACUUAAGUAGCAACUAUUUUGAAGGGAUAAUUCCUCCAUCCUUCCAGAGUUUGAAGGCAAUUCAAGAGUUAAUACUCGACAGAAAUAACUUAUCUGGUCCAAUUCCAGAUUAUCUCGAGUCGUUUAGUUCGCUAAAGACACUGGAUUUGUCUUGGAAUAACUUUCAAGGAGAAGUACCAAAUAAAGGGAUUUUCAACAAAACAAGUCCACUUUUUAAUUUUUAUAAUGUUGGAAACAAAGAUCUUUGCGGAGGAAAUCCUUUACUACAACUACCUAGCUGCGCAGAAGUUAACAAACAUUUUCCUCUCAAGAGGCUGCUUCUAUUAUUAUCUGGAGUUGUUAUUUCUGUUAUUGUCUUGGGUUCCGUGAGAAAAUUCUUUUCAUGGAAAAAAGCAAGAAAGAAACCUUCUUCUUCUGAUUCAGAUUCACUAAACGGAGAUUCUUCUGAAUCUCCAUUUACUGAUAUGUUUCACAAAGUAUCAUACAAAGAGCUUUUUGUAGCAACGAACGGAUUCUCCGCAAAAAAUAUAGUUGGAGUCGGAGGUUAUGGUUCUGUCUACAUAGGAAUUUUAAUGCUCAGUCAGGAGAUAACAUCAGUUGUUGCAGUGAAAGUACUGGAUCUUCAAAGACGCGGAGCUUUAAAAAGUUUCAAGGCAGAAUGUGAAGCAUUGAGAUGCAUUCGACAUCGCAAUGUUCUGAAGAUAUUGACUUCUUGUUCUAGUAUCGGUUACAAGGGAAAUGAAUUUAAAGCUCUGGUUUAA